AUGCCAAAGACGAAGGGUGUGUACGCGACCAAUAUCACCAGAAAGCGAAAGAAAGAAAAGGCCAGAAAAGUUCCUGUAAAGUUUACAAUUGAUUGCUCUGUCCCAGCGAGCGAUGGGAUUAUAGAUGUUGCUUCGUUUGAAAGAUUCUUGCGUGAGCGUAUUAAGGUUGACGGCCGCACUGGGAAGCUAAGUGACGCGGUAAAUGUCACUCGUACCAAUCACUCCAUUGUCAUUGAGGUGCUCCCCGGCGUCAGGAUCUCCAAACGCUAUCUCAAAUAUCUGACAAAGAGGUUCUUGAAGAAGAAUCGCCUCCGAGACUGGGUCAGAGUCAUUGCAAUCAGUAAAAACACGUACGAGCUUCGCUAUUUCAAUAUUGCGGAGCCUGAGGGUGGGGAAGGGGUAGAAGAAGAAUAA